GCCUACAGAGGCAGGGACGGUAUUGGAACGGCUGAAGCCUUUGGACCGUGUAGACGCCGACCGACUGACUGACCGAUAAAAUCGAUCGUGCAGUGACCGACCGACUAACAAAACCGAUCGUGUAGUGACCGAUCACGAGAAAAACCGAUCGUCUAGUGACCGAUCACGAGAAAAACCGAUCGUGUAGUGACCGACCUACCGACGAAAUCGAUAGUUUAGUGACCGACCAAACCGAUAGUGUAGCCACUGACCGAUCACGAUACAAUCGAUCGUGUAAUGACCGAGAAAAAAUUUCUUAAUCUUCUGGUUUCCAUUCUGUUUCUAAGCUCGCCAGGGAAUUAUGUCUGCAGCACUCAGCUGCAUUCUGGAGGUAGUAGCCAUUGCCUGCCUGGGAGGGGGGAGCACAUGCCUGGCCAUCUACACACUAACAAACUGCGAGGACCUCAAUUUGACAGAUGAGCAAUGUAGCUGGUUCCACAUAGCCAUGUUAGCCGUUGCACUAUUCUUUUAUUUGGCCUCUGUCGCUUGCAUCGUAGGAUCGGCAUUCAUCCUCUGCUGUAGGCAGAGACCCAGGCCAAGAGUUCAGCCGCCCAAUGAGAAUGGUCGAUUGACUGCGAGUCCUCCUACAGCAGGACCUGGAAAUCCUAUGAGAAGCGCCUGCCCACAGCAGCAGCAGCAGCAGCCACCAAACGUGAAUGAUCCACCGAAGGAGAUUUACACACCAAGUCCCAGCCUAGGUCAUGGCGCCCAGGGGUCAAUGCCCGAAGAUGCCCCACCUCCAUAUGCCGACCACACUGCCCAUCAUUUAAUGAAACCAUGAGCUUUCAUUGGGUUAAUGAGAGUGGAGUAUUGUGAAGUAUAAUCGACUUGGUUUAUUUAACUUUUGGGUAUGUCAUUCAUGAUGCUUUGACCACAAUAGUUGCGAUGACAUUACAUUAACAUACAAUCAUCAUUUCUCCAAGUAAUUAAAAUGUACUAGCACCCACUCUGAUGUUUCAAUUUACUUUGUGACAUUUGUCUUUAUUCAUAUAUUCAUUACUUUCCAUAUUUUUGUGAUUCAAUUAUACAUACAUACAUAUUCAUAUAUUCAUUACUUUCCAUAUUUUUGUGAAUCAAUUAUACAUACAUACAUAUAUUUUAAAAUAUCAAACAUAUGCACGUGAUUUAAUUAUCAUCUAAAGCCCAAGUAGUUUAGUGUAAUUAACACACAUCAGUAUUAUUAUUAUUAUUAUUAUUAUUAUUAUUAUUAUUAGUUAUUAUUCCUUUUAUGGUAUCUGACUAAAAAAGCUUUAUAACUAAAACAAAUAUAAAUAAAAAUCUGCGUGAAAACAUAACAGCAUUUACUGACCAUUACAUGUAUACCUCCCUCCCCCCCUUCCAUCAACCACCCCCUUCUAUAUUUGCCCCCCUCCCACUCUCCCCCACCCAUACACUAUUCUGGAUAGGCCACAGCAGCGUUUUCACCUAUCACGGGUCGCGUCGCUACUUGACUCGCUGCGUACCUGUCAAAAAAACGCAAGCGCAGGCGGGGUACCGACUCGAUCGGAAUACAAUUUUAUGCGGGAACGAACGAAACGUUACAACGAAGACUUAAGGAAAACACGCGCAUGCGCAGAAAGGGUAUGGGAAGCUUUAUAUAGACGAGAGGGUAUGUAUUAAAUGGGUUAUAUGGAGUGCUCUUUAAUGUAUGGAUUGACUAUCAGUUGCGUUUAUAAAAAGUACGUGAGAAAUGUGAUGUAUUACGAAAAAAGCAAAUGAAGGUACAGGUAGAUGUUUUGCAAAAAAAAAAAAAAAAAAAAAAAAAAAACAAAAAAAAAAAAAAAAAAAAAAAGACAA